AUGACUGUUCAGACGAAAUGGUUUUGGGACGACGCAGACGAAACGUGUAAAGAAUUUCAUUACGGUGGAUGUAUGGGAAAUAGGAAUCGUUUCAAUUCGAAACAUGAAUGUCUGAAGUACUGUCGAUACAAAAUGUUCAAUCCCGUCGCUGUACCAGAUUUAUGCCUUUUGGAACCAAAUCCGGGACACUGUGGUGAUGAACGUCAUGGACAGUGGUGGUACUAUUUCAAUUCCGAUAUGGGCACCUGCGAAAAGUUUUUCUACUAUGGCUGUGGUGGAAACGAUAAUAAAUUCUAUAGUCUCCACAUGUGUAACAAAGUUUGCGGCGAACGGCUUUCGCCUCAAAUAGCUUGUCAACAUUGUGAUUUACGUACAUCGUUCUGCAAGUCGCACAGCAAGUUCAACUACACUUGUGAAUGCCGUAUCGGCUACGAAAAAAACCAGUACGGAGAAUGUGUUGAUAUUGACGAAUGUCGUGGAUAUACAGCGGUUUGUGAUCGUAACGCAUGGUGUACGAAUACGAUUGGCUCCUACCAAUGUGAAUGCAUGGCCGCCUACCGUGGUGAUGGCUCACAUUGUACCUUUGUUGGGCUCGGUCGGUCAUCACUGGAUUGUCGUGACUGUUCUCCAAACUCCACUUGUGAAAAUGGUGUUUGUCAGUGCAAGACUGGAUUCGAAGGUGAUGGUUUUAAUUGCACAGACGUUAAUGAAUGCCUUCGAAUGCCAUACACUUGUGAUAAAAAUGCUGAAUGUCUGAAUCGCGAAGGUUCCUACAUUUGCACUUGUUUGUCAGGUUAUGCAGGAAACGGCUACAACUGUACUAAGACAAAAAAUGCUUGCCUGGAUAAAUUCGACCGAGGUUACCAAGAGACGUGUGGAGGUGAAAACUGGCGCCAGCACUUCUUUCUAGACCACGAAUCAAAAAUACUUCCAGAUGCCAACAGUUUUGGUACGACGGAUGUCAUGGACGAUCACGUAAUAUUUUCCCUGAUCUUGAAACGUGUGAACAGAUGUGUGAGGCUACGAACGUUUUGA